AAUUUGCAAUUGAAAAGAAAAAUAGAAAAUACACAAAUUCGAAUCGAACUUCCAGAUUUCGACGAUUGAGCCAGGUCCGACCGGGAUUGACUGACCAAGCCCGGAUAUCUCUUUAUCCCAACUCCUGCCGGUUCUGUCCCCUAGUCCGACUCGGUUCGGACCAUCAAGUACAGCCGAUUGGUUCUCUACUUCCGGGUUCACCGAUCGACCCGGUAGUGAUCCCUUCCCUCGUAAAAAAAAUUUUCGAUACGCCUUCUCUGGUCUUCCCUGGAAUCUUUCUGUUGCUCUCGCUCCUUUUCGACCAUUUUCUUCUGCUAACUUAUGUUGUUUGACGUGUCUGAAUUUGAAUUAGAGUCGUGCAACUUCCUAAGGUAACAUUGUUUGAUGGUCCUUGGUUGAACACGAUGGCCGAUGUUUCUCUGGGCCAUUCUUUCGGUGAAACAAAUGAUGUGCAGAAAAGUAUAUUUGAUUUAGGAGCAUUUGUUGGGGACUUGACUUUUGAGGAAGAUGCAAGCAGUGAGGAUAUAUCAUUGGAAGGACUUCAGCAAGAACUGGAAGAAUGUAAAAAUGAUGAAGUUGUUGCAAACAUACUAUCUAAUGGUACGAAACUAAGGGAAUAUACAAAAGGGGUUGAGAACAAUCUACGACAAGUUGAACUUGAUUCCAUUCAGGACUACAUAAAAGAAAGUGAUAAUUUAGUCUCUCUUCACGAUCAGAUCCGUGACUGUGACAGCAUCUUGUCACAAAUGGAAACUCUUCUGAGUGGAUUUCAGACUGAAAUUGGUUCCAUAAGUUCAGACAUAAAAGUCCUCCAAGAGAAGUCUAUGGAUAUGGGCCUGAGGCUGAAGAAUCGCAAGGUAGCAGAAUCAAAGUUGGCAAGAUUUGUUGAAGACAUUAUAGUACCUCCGAGGAUGAUUGACAUCAUAGUUGAUGGAGAGGUUAACGAAGAAUAUAUGAGAACUUUGGAAAUUCUUAGCAAGAAGCUGAAGUUUGUUGGAGUGGAUCCUAUGGUCAAAACUUCAAAAGCUCUAAAGGAUGUUCAGCCUGAGCUUGAAAAGCUUCGCCAGAAAGCAAUUUCGAAGGUUUUUGAUUUCAUUGUUCAGAAGCUAUAUGCUCUGAGGAAACCCAAAACAAAUAUACAGAUUCUACAGCAGAGUGUUCUGUUAAAAUACAAGUAUGUUGUGUCCUUUCUCAAGGAGCAUGGCAAGGAGGUAUAUAUUGAGGUUCGUGCGGCAUACAUUGACACGAUGAACAAGGUUUUAAGUGCACAUUUCCGUUCUUAUAUUCAAGCGUUGGAGAAAUUACAGUUAGAUAUAGCAACAUCCUCUGAUUUGAUUGGUGUAGAGACUAGAAGCACCAGCCUUUUCUCUAGAGGAAGAGAACCUCUGAAGAACCGUUCUGCUGUUUAUGCUUUGGGCGAGAGAAUAAAUAUUCUGAAGGAAAUUGACCAACCUGCAUUGAUUCCCCAUAUAGCAGAAGCAAGCUCCACCAAGUAUCCAUAUGAGGUGCUCUUUAGGAGUUUGCAGAAGCUGCUUAUGGAUACUGCUACUUCUGAGUAUCUUUUCUGUGAUGAUUUCUUUGGUGAAGAAUCCAUAUUUAAUGAGAUUUUUUCAGGUCCAUUUUCUGUCAUUGAUGAGCACUUCAAUUCAAUACUUCCAAAUUGUUAUGAUGCAAUUGGCCUUAUGCUUAUGAUUCGAAUUAUACACCAACAUCAGCUGAUCAUGUCACGACGACGAAUUCCAUGCCUGGAUUCAUAUUUGGAUAAGGUUAAUAUCUCUUUAUGGCCUCGAUUCAAGAUGGUGUUCGACAUGCACCUCAACAGUCUGCGCAAUGCAAAUGUGAAGACAUUGUGGGAAGAUGAUGUGCAUCCCCAUUAUGUAAUGAGGCGUUAUGCUGAAUUUACAGCUUCACUUAUUCACCUCAAUGUUGAAUACGGUGAUGGUCAGCUUGAACUGAAUAUGGAACGACUCAGAAUGGCUGUUGAUGAAUUGCUUCUCAAGCUUGCAAAAAUAUUCCCAAAGCCGAAACUACAAAUUGUGUUUCUUAUAAAUAACUAUGAUAUGACAAUCGCUGUUCUUAAGGAAGCUGGCCCAGAAGGUGGGAAAAUUCAACUUCAUUUCGAGGAUUUGCUGAAGAGCAACACAACAUUGUUUGUGGAGGAGCUGCUGAUGGAGCAUUUUGGUGACUUGAUCAAGUUCGUAAAGACUCGAGCCUCGGAGGAUCUAAAUUUGAAUCCUGAGAGACCAAUAACAGUAGCUGAAGUAGAGCCACUUGUGAAGGAUUUUGCCAGCAGAUGGAAAGCUGCAAUAGAGCUAAUGCAUAAAGAUGUCAUAACUUCCUUCAGUAACUUCUUGUGUGGUAUGGAGAUCUUGAGGGCUACGCUGACCCAGCUUCUGCUUUACUAUACCAGAUUAUCGGAUUGCAUAAAGAAGGUCGUGGGUGGCUCUGCACUUAACAAGGAUCUUGUCUCCAUAUCAUCUAUUAUGUAUGAAAUCAGGAAAUACUCCAGAACUUUCUGAGUUGAUUCAUAUCAUAAAAUUCACAAAACCCUAGAUUGGGUCAAGAGUGUUCUGAGGGAUUGUUUUCAUAACAUUCCAUGAUUGUCAUCGGUGUCAAAGAGGAUUGGAUUGGCUGGUGUUGAUUUCCUUCGAUGUGUACCUCUAUUUGGAUGGUGUUAAUUUCCUCUGAUGUGCACCUCUGCCUGGCUGAACACUGGUUAGUCAUAUAAACGGUGACCGAGACUCUAUGUAAUUUUGUAUUACUAUUCUAUUUUUCUCAGCAAAACUAGCUUAAGACGGCAAAGUUUAUGGUAUGUAGCAGUUGAAUGAGCAUGGAAGCCUGAAAGAUGGUACUCAGUGAGGCAAAAAGUCGAUCAUGAAUGCUGAAUUCAAAGAAUCAUACUUGGCAAGAAACUGAUUAUUUAAUAAAAAUAAGUAUUGAUUCUGAGA